AUGCCUGCCCAGCGUGUCUGCCCAGGAAAAGGCCUGCCCGGUAUGUCUGCCCAGGAAAAGGCCUGCUCCCCUGCCUACAGCGCGCCCGCCCACGCACAAAAACACACACAUUGCAAGGCCCCGGCUGCCGCUCAAGGAGCUUUCUCUCCUUUGGCGAGCAAGAAUCCUGACGUUUACGCCGAGAAGCGGCUGACCAAAGGGAAAUUUGGUAAACAUUUAGAGUCCAGGCAGUUGGAACUGCCCGAGUACGUUGGACAUUUCAUCAACUAUAAGGCUCUGAAGAAGCUUAUUAAGCAACUGGCUGCUGUUCCACAGUUUGACAACAAUGGUGCAGACCUUGCUGACGUUGAGCGUCUCCUACAGGAGAAUAAGACGUCCUUCUUCUUCAGAUUGGAGAGAGAAUUGGAAAAGGUGAACUCCUUCUACCUCGAGAAGGAAUCCGACCUUCAGAUCAGACUAGAUAUCCUUAUAAAGAAGAAGAACGAUGCGGUCACGAAACACAGAUUGGGUUCGAAGACUUCAAUUGCUUACAUUACACUGUACGAUGGGUUUAAGAGGUUUUCUAGAGAUUUAGACAGACUGGAACAGUUUGUCGAACUAAACCAAACUGGAUUCUCUAAAGUAUUGAAGAAAUGGGAUAAGCGUUCCAAGUCGCACACCAAAGAGUUAUACCUUUCAAAAGCUGUGUCUGUGCAACCUGUGUUUAACAGGUCAGAGAUUUCACAGCUGAGUGACCUCUGUGCAAAUUCGUUGGUUGAGUUGGAUGCAAAUGCCGAAGGUGAACACGUUGUCCGUUACGACUAUGAAAAUGGCAGUAUCGAAGCGAAAACCACCUAUUCCGAUAUUUCAAAGCUACACGUGAGUUCAGACGCUUCGUUGGCACAGGCAAAUGAUACUCAACCAAAACAAGAAGUUGACGACUUUGAAAUUGACGAGUUAUACUCGGAGUUUUUGAACAUUGCUAAUUCAUCAACCGUGAACUCGUUACUAGUUCCAUUUGUUUCGAGGGUGAAGAAUUCUCACAAUGCCUCUUACAAGCUCACAAAAAUUUUCUUCUUGUCAAUAACUACAAAAGUCUCGGAUGAAACGUUGUCGAGCUUUUACGACUUGGCAAGCGACUUGAUCAUAUUGUCAACGACGGACGACUUGUCCCAAAGAAGCAUCAUUCAUGAGGCUUGUUGUAACGUCUUUGAGAAGAGAACCUUCAUCAUCGAGCUUGGUAUCAAGAAUGCCUUGAACUUGAACUCAAAGGAUAUUAGUGGCCGUAUCCCAUUACACUACGCUGCAGAACUUGGUAGAACCGAUCUCAUUGAAUUGCUCUGCACAUCAGAUGACACUCUGAACUAUUUGAAUAAGCUGGACUAUGAUGCCAUGUCCCCAUUGAUCUUGGCGAUCGAGAAGAAUCACCUGGACACGGUCAAGUCACUCCUACAGCUCGGUGCUGACCCGGCACCAACAAAUUCAGAGACAAACCCACAACAUUUGCCAUUGAACGUUGCAUGUAAGUCUGGUAACUACGAGGCUGCUGAAUUGUUACUCACGCAGCCAAGAGUGAAAGAUUUUCAGAAAGAUGCCGAAGGGCUACUGCCACUGCACGUGGUUGCUAAAACAGGGAAUUUCAAACUGGUUCCAUUGUUAACUGAAAACGGAGCCGACCCAAAUUCCUUAGAUGGGUUCAACAAAUGGCCUGCCAUUUUCUAUUCUGCAAGUGAAGGACACCCAAGAACCACUGCUGCUUUGAUCAAAGCUGGUGCUAAGAUUGAGGUCAAAGAUGAAGAAGGAUUCACUCCCUUGUUCUAUGCGUCUUGGGAAGGUCAUGUGAGUGUGUUGAAUGUGUUAAUUAAUGCUCUCCAAGAGAAUCAGAACAAUAGAAACCUACUGUCUCCUUUGAAGGAGAUGAACAAUACGUCCCUCUCUCCGGUUGUGCAACCACCGAGUUUCUCCCUCAAUCCAGAAGUUAUGAGCAUAGAUGUUAUUCCGGACUUGUCUCUUCCUCCACCAAUUAUCCCAUUGAGAAGAUACGGUCAUAACUUUUUGGAGAAGAAAAUUAUUCUACAGCUACACUUCCAUCUGGGUAGGGACUCCAUCAGCCUGAACCAAGACGAAGUUAUCUCUUCACUGCCGGGUCGUAUUGUCAUCAGCUCCCGAAUUAGUGAUGUGGUCCCAAGAAACGUUCUCUUACCAGUGGCUGACACUGACAGUACCGUUGCCUUUCAAAUUGACUCGUUGGAUGAAUUCACCAUUGACUUUGAGAUAUUCCCAUCCUUUGGAACAAAAUUGAUUGCAAAGACAUCGGCUCUGUCCAACGUGUUCAAGACCGUAAGCAAUGAUGGGCUAUCCAAUAGUGUUGUUCUCCCUCUAUUUGAUGGUCGUCUUAAGAACGUUGGCGAGUUGAGCUUCAACUUCCAGGUUAUUCACCCUUACUCUGGUGAGCCUUUGGAGAUCUCCAAAUAUGAUACGUAUUGGAAAUCCACUAGUGGUAACAACACAAGGGUACAGAAUUCUGUGUUGAGUUUUGUCACGGCCUCCUCGUUGUCUGGUGAUUACGCAAAGAUCAACGUCUGCAUGUUGUCUGAUGGUACACCAAUUGUUUGUCCAAGUUGGAAUCUGGAAAUUUUGGGAACCAAGCUACCACUGUUCCAAUUGUCUGUUGAUCAGGUUAAACAGCUAACAAACUAUAAUGUUGACAACUUCAUUAUACCCGAGACAGAAUCUAAGAGUGUAUUCUACAAGAACUUGAAUGCUCUGCUGUCCAAGAACUAUAUCUUGUUUGACGAUUUCCUCAGUCUUGUUCCAGAGAAGGUGGGUCUUGAUGUUGAAGUGCUGUACCCAACUGAAGCUGAAGUAAAGGAUAUCCCACUGACGUUGCCCGAUAUAUCUGAUCUGAACGAAUUCACAGAUAACGUCUUGACCAUUGUUUUUGAACACGUUCGUCGCUCACGCUCUCAUAACGUUAAACGUACGAGAUCCAUCGUGUUUUCAUCGAAUAACCAAAGCGUUUGCUCAAUCUUGAACUGGAAGCAGCCGAACUACCCCGUGUUCUUCAGCGUAAGUGGUGUGUGUUUCCAAGAGGAUAAGUUUGUCAUCAAUUCUGCCAAUGGCUUCCCUACAGGGGUUGUCAGCGAUGAAGACACGACCACACGCUCUCUUAAAGAAGCUACAAACUUUGCCACCUUGAACAACUUGCUGGGUAUAAUGGUUCCAUCAGAACUGCUUGCCCUUGUUCCAGACCUUGUUGACAGCAUAAGGUCCAGAGGCCUUGUACUUGUUGCUUCCAAGAAGGGCAUGAAGGACUUCGAGAUUGCAGAUGAUGCACAGGUCUCAUUGAUCAAAGGCGACAUCAACGGAUUCAGAUUCGAAGACACCUUGAGCUUCAAAGGGAACAUCGACAUGUAA